AUGGAUUCGUCACGAGUCAUUCGUCAUUCAUUUGAAAUGCUUACACCUCCACGAAUGACAGCAGAAGAGUCUGAAGCAAGAAAAUGGACAAUUGUUUCGAUACCAUUGAGUAAUUCCAAACUUUUACAUCUUUGUUCAAAUCUUGUGACACUUUGUACAACACUUAUUCAUGCUGGUGUAUUAGAAGAUAUGCGUCAAAAAUUACGAGAUUGUGCUCAAGCUAGUCGAGGAAUUCUUGCUGCGUAUCAACAACUUGUAGAUUUCUUAUCUCAAGCAGUUGAAACACAAGUUGUGAAUUUACCACGAUGGAAACAUGCAAUGGAAUCGAAUGAAGAGAGUACAUGGGAUCUUUACGAAAUGUUAAAACACUCUGAACCAUGGUUAAUUCAUGAACCAUGGUGGGUUGUUCUUGAUACAGAUGAUCAAGAACAAGCAGGAGAUAAAGAUGAAGGAGUUUUACGACCAUUACCGUAUUUACAAGUCUUUACUGACUAUUAUCGUGCUAUUCAAGAUGCUGUACCAUCCCGUCAAGAUAUCGAAGUUGCAACCUCAUUACGAAAUGCAGCUUUAACUGGAGCAAUUGGAUUAACAGGUGAAUGGCAUCGUCAAGGUGAAUUCGAUGAACAUCAUUUACAACAACCACAUUGUGUAGCUUCAAUUCGAUCAGCUACAACUGCGUCUUCUCUUUCUUGGUUUGCACGUUGUAUUCAUGCUCAUAUGACCAAAACAUUUCAAAUUACAGAAACAAAUGAAACAAUGACCAUUUCACUUUCAAAUAGUUUGGUCUCACCUGAUGCUGUAUUUCUUUUGCAAUUAAAUGAACCAGAACCUACUGUUGUCUUUCCACAAGAUUAUUUUCCAUUUGGAUGGUCACGAAAACGUUUAGUUAUGGCAUAUCGUGCUUGGCGUGUUCGUGCAAUUGGAGAUUCGAAUGGAAGUGCUGUAGCAGUGCAAUUUAUGCGUUGGCCUGAUCAUCAAGAUCUUGAACUUUGGGAACAUGAUGAUGAAGAAGAUGUGAAUGAAAAGAAUUUGAAUGCUGAGCGUGAACCGGAAGAAGAACCAAACCAUCAAACUGGAAAGUUUCGACGUCUUCGAACACGCAUUACAAUGUACUUUUCAGUCUUUUCAACGACUACAUUGCAAGUUCGAACUAUUGUCGAAACAAGUUUUGCACCAAUUGCAAUCACCACGUCUACAACUCAUCCAAGUGAAAUGGAUAUGUUGAAAUACUUUAAAUCACCUUCAUCUUGGGAAAUGCGAUCGCAAAUUUCACAACAGUAUACGAAAUCCUUGUAG